CCCGCUGCCCCCUGGCCCGGCCCCGCCGCUGCCGCACCCCCUCCACCUCCCGCCGGGCCAGCGGCCCUCCAGCGGCAGCGCCUCAGCCUCGGGCUCUCCGAGCGACCCCGGCUUUAUGUCCCUGGACGAGUACGGGUCCAGCCCAGGCGACCUCAGAGCCUUCUGCAGCCACCGCAGCGACACGCCCGAGUCCAUCGCGGAGACGCCGCCGGCGCGGGACGGCGGCGCGGGCGAGCUGCAUGGGUACAUGAGCAUGGACAGGCCGCUGGGCCCCUGCGGCCGCCCCUACCGCAGGGUCUCGGGGGACGCGGCGCACGACCUGGACCGGGGGCUCCGAAAGCGGACCUACUCGUUGACCACGCCCUCGCGCCAGCGCCCGGUGCCCCAGCCGUCAUCCGCCUCGCUGGAUGAGUACACGCUCAUGCGGGCCACCUUCUCCGGCAGCUCGGGCCGCCUGUGUCCGCCCUUCCCCGCGCCCUCCCCUAAAGUGGCCUACCACCCCUACCCGGAGGACUACGGGGACAUCGAGAUCGGCUCUCACCGGAGCUCCAGCAGCAACUUGGGGACGGACGAUGGCUACAUGCCCAUGACCCCAGGCGCGGCCCUGCUGGGCAGUGGUGGCGACGACUACAUGCCCAUGAGCCCCACCAGUGUGUCUGCUCCGAAGCAGAUCUUGCAGCCCAGGGCUGUCCCGGCCGUGGCCUUGCCCCCCUCGGGGGCAGCGGUGCCGGCUGCCCCCUCUCCGGCUAGCAGGACUUUCCCAGGGACUGUGAGUGGCUACAAGGCCGGGUCACCUGCGGAGAGCUCUCCUGAGGACAGUGGGUACAUGCGCAUGUGGUGUGGCUCCAAGCUAUCCGUGGAGAGCAGUGACCCCAAGCUGCUGGCCAACGGGGACUACCUCAACAUGUCCCCCAGCGAGGCGGGCCCAGCGGGCACCCCGCCUGACUUCUUCUCUGCAGCCCUGCAAGGCGGAGGGGAGGGGCUCAGAGGCGUUCCCGGCUCGUGCUACAGCUCCUUGCCCCGCUCCUACAAGGCCCCCUACCUGUGUGGUGGCGGUGCGGACAGUGACCAGUAUGUGCUCAUGAGCUCUCCCGUGGGCCGCAUCCUGGAGGAGGAGAGACUGGACUCCUCGGCUGCCCCAGGGCCCGCAGCGUUGAGCGGCGCCUUUGGGACCGGCCGGGACAGCCACAUCCAGCCUCAUCACCCCACGGCAGUGCCUUCCCCCAUGCGGCCAGGAGGCGGUGGUGGGGGGCGUCCCGAGGGUUUCUUUGGCCAGCGCUGCCGGGCAGUGCGCCCCACACGACUGUCCCUAGAGGGGCUGCAGACACUGCCCAGCAUGCACGAGUACCCGAUGCCCCCGGAGCCCAAGAGCCCCGGCGAGUAUAUCAACAUCGACUUUGGGGAGGCAGGCGCCCGAUUGUCGCCGCCAGCCCCUCCGCUGCUGGCCUCUGCGGCCUCGUCCUCCUCGCUGCUGUCCGCCAGCAGCCCAGCCUCGUCCCUGGGCUCAGGCACACCUGGCACCAGCAGUGACAGCAGACAGCGCUCCCCGCUGUCUGACUACAUGAACCUGGGCUUCAGCUCCCCCAAGUCCCCCAAGCCGGGAACCCACAGCGGGGACCCUGUGGGUUCCCUGGAUGCCCUCCCGUCCCCUGAGGCCACGUCCCCAUUCCCGCCGCUGCCCCCGCGCCCCUCGGCCUCUCCGGCCUCCUCCCUGCAGCAGCCCACCCUGCCACCACCCCCAGGGGAGCUAUACCGCCUGCCUCUGGCGCCCAGCGCUGCCCCUGCUUCCCAGGGCCCUGGCGUUGCAGUCACCACAUCCUCUGAGGCUGGUGACAAUGGUGACUACACCGAGAUGGCCUUUGGUGUGGCAGCCACCCCGCCACAACCCAUCGCCGCGCCCCCACAGCCGGAGGGCACCCGCGUGAGCAGCCCCACCUCGGGCUUGAAGCGGCUGAGUCUCAUGGGUCAGGUGUCAGGGGUGGAGGCCUUCCUGCAGGCCAGCCAGCCCCCCGACCCUCACCGGGGCGCCAAGGUCAUCCGUGCAGACCCGCAGGGCGGUCGCCGCCGCCACAGUUCAGAGACCUUCUCCUCCACCACCACGGUCACCCCCGUGUCCCCAUCCUUUGCCCACAACCCCAAGCGCCACAGCUCGGCCUCGGUGGAAAACGUCUCUCUCAGGAAGAGCAGCGAGGGCGGCAGCGCUGGCACCCUCGGCGGGGGCCUCCGCGGCGGUGACGAGCCACUCACGUCCCCAGGACACUCACAGCUGUCACUCCCCGCGCCCCCGCAGCCACAGGCUCGGCCGUGGGCCGCCGCUCCACCUGGGGGCCUGGUUGGCUGUCCCGGGGGUGGCGGCUCCCCAAUGCGCAGAGAGACCUCCGCGGGUUUCCCGAAAGGCCUCAACUACAUCGCCAUCAACGUGCGGGACGAGGCGGGGCUGUCCCCGCAGACGCAGCAUCUGCAGCCAGGGGACAAGAGCUCCUGGGGCCGGACCCGUAGCCUUGGGGGUCUCCUCGGCACCGUGGGAGGCAGCGGCACCAGUGGGGCGUGUGGGGGCCCGGGCCCUGGCACCCUGCCGUCCACCAGCACCUACGCCAGCCUCGACUUCCUGUCCCAUCACUUGAAGGGGGCCACAGCUGUGAAAGAGUGACACGGCCGGCGAGGGCACCGAGAGGUGGCUGGUGGAGGACGCCGGCAGACGCCCCUGCAUGUUUCCCUCCCAAGGCUGCCUGCGGUUUCCCCAGCUCCUUACCAGCUCUGCCGCCUGCCGGACCAGGAGCCCGGAGCCCGGAUCGACAGCUGCCCUCCUCCUGUGCCCGUGCUGUGGCACUGAGUUUCGCUUUGAUUUUGUACCUGAGUUGCCCAAGUGAUUUUGGAGCAGGCCGGGUGUUUCCUGGCCUUCCCCAGCCGGUGGCCGGCGUCUUCGUUUCUCCCCACACCUGCCCUGCAGAGCAGAGCCCCCCACUGCAUGCUCGGAGCCCCUGCCCCAUCCCAGCGGUGACACCCGGUGUUUGCUGGCUUAGGCUCCGUGCCACCGUCCUACCUCAGUUCAGGGAAGCCCAGGUGUGGGUGGGGCUGCAGCCUCCUGAGCGACCACACGGGGCCGUGUGUGUCCGGUGGCCUCGGUGAUCUGCCCAUGACAUGGGCACGGCCUGCACCCGGGGACCUGCAACACUGGCUUCACAGAGCGCUGCAGGCCUGAGAGCGCUCCACAGGGGCACCUGGGAUUGGACUUGCAGCCGAUUCACAGAGCCCUCGGCGUCAGUGUCACGUCAGCCCAGCACGCUGCUCCCCGGAGGGCGGGGCCCAGGGCGGGGCUCGGGGGCCUCGGAGCCCUCCCCGUCACGGGCUUCGCUCUCUGGGCAGCCCUGUGCGUUCCGCCAGGCGCGGAAGCCGCUGGCUGCCCGCUCGCCGUCUCUGCUGUCCUGCCCGAGGACUGGCCUUUCCUUAACCAAAAAUUCACGUGGGCAGCAGGUGAGUCCAGGCCGCUCUGGUUUGUCAGAUUCUGUGUUUAAAAUGUACUACGAUCUUUAAACAUGACGGUCUGACGUUGGCCACCAAGCCUGUCUUGAAUCGAGGGAGAAAGCAUUCCAGCGCCCGUGCUGGCUGUGGCCGGAGCUGAGGGAGAGCAGUCCCACGGGGCACGCCCCUCGGCUGAGAAACCUCGGCGAGACCACCCUCGUUUUCCGUUUUCAGUGUUCCGAAAUGCCAGUGUCGUUGCGAUGACCACAGCUGUCCCCUGCCCCCACGGCUCCCUGACGCGUGGCUGGACCCCCGCCCCCAGUGCCUGUCUCCCCGAUAGUCCUGUAGAGGCCACACCAAUUCUUGGAGAUGUGACUUGUUGGUUCGUUUUUUUUCUGUUGUUACUUUUUGUUUUGGAGAAAAAAUAUAUAUAUAUAAAUAUAAAUAUAAAUAUAUAGAUCUAUAUCGCUAUAGAAUAAUGCAUUAAAAAUGAGGCUCUGUCGAGGAAGACCAAAAAUUUCAAUGUCUUAAAAAUAUAUUCAAUGGCAAUGCAAAAGUCUUCCUGCUUCUGUGCUGAGCUCUUUAGAACCGAGGAUUGUAUUGCAAGACAAAGUUGAAUGUAAAGUGACCCUGACCAUUCUCAAGGUUUUGCUUUUCUGGAGCUACGCAUCCCCGCCGUGCAGAGUUAGUCUGAAGGUCCCCUCCCAUAUGUGAUACGUUUUACUAAGAUGUACAGAGUGUCCUGAAGUUUUCCUUAGUGAGGGGCCCGGGGGUCGGAGGGUGGUGGUGCUGCGUGACUGCCGGCACCGUGGGGCGGGGGAGGCAUCCACGGCCUCCUCCAGUUUGCCUGCCCCUGAGCACGACCCCACCCCACCCCACCCCAUCGGUUCGGGUCCCUCCCACAGCCUAAAUGAGCAGAGUUGAGAGUGUGGUGAUGUACUAAACUUUCCUCUAUCCUGUACAUUUCAAAAAAAGGCAUAUGCAAUAUUUACAUUUACAUUUUUAAUUUAGUUUACAGAAUGGAACCAAAAUGUAUAUUAUGUUUGCAAAAAAAAAUUCACAAUGUAUAUUGGGUCUUUGUACAUUUUGCCUGACUUACCUUAAAUUUAAACUAUUUUUUGCUAUAUAAACUUUAACCGUUAUAAACAGUGUUUUCUUUUGGGUAUGUAUUGUUUCUGGAUCUCAAGAUGUUAAAUAUAUUUCUCGCUAUUGUGUUAUGACAGACACCUCCCCCACCCCCCACCCCCGCACUGUCUUCCACGCUGUACAUAGGGGUCAGGAAUGCGCUGGGCUAGGGUAGUGCGUUGUAUUUAGUCUCUAUUGAUCCUGGGUACCCUCCUUAAUAGCCAUAUGCAAUAAAUAAAAUAAAUACAUUAUUUAUGAAAUGAA